AACAUAGGUGUAAGCCAUCUUUCACUAUGCCUUUAUUAUAAAACGCGAAUCUGCCACGUUCAAAACCACACAUAACAACAUAAACUCAUCAAACCCCUUUCUCUUUCUCACUUUAAACUAACUUACCAUUUUUCUUUUCCUAUUCAUUUUCUUGUUUUCCAAACAAAAAGAAACACCCCACAAUUUUCAGUUAUCUGAUCAAAACAAAACACCAAAAAACAAAAACCUCUCUUUCUUUGCUUCACAUAGGAAAUUUCCUUCACAAAAAAACUAGUAUGGCUUAUACUUCUUCUGCACCACUCCCAUCCAACUCAAGUUCAGAUGAAGGAGGAAUAUUCAUACCAAGUGAAGAAAGUGUUCUUCAAAAACAUGUUGCUUUUUUCGACCGCAAUCACGAUGGCAUCGUUUAUCCUUGGGAAACUUUUCAAGGAUUUCGAGCAAUUGGGUGUGGCUUAACUUUGUCAACCAUUGCUGCAAUUUUUAUCAAUAUGGGUCUCAGCCAGAAAACUCGACAUGGAAAUUUUUCUCUAUUGUUUCCCAUUGAUAUAAAAAAUAUACACAAAGCUGUUCAUAGUAGUGACUCUGGCGUCUACGACAGCAAUGGAAGGUUUGUUCCUUUAAAAUUUGAUGAAAUGUUCAAGAAAUAUGCUCACACACAUCCUAACGCGUUAACAUCAGAUGAGGUUAUGGCGUUGUUGAAGGGAAAUAGAGUCCCCAAAGAUUAUAAAGGAUGGGUUGCGGCUUGGACAGAAUGGAAAAUUCUAUAUAUUCUAUGCAAAGACAAGAAGGGAUUGCUUCACAAAGAGACUGUUAGAGGUGUUUAUGAUGGAAGCUUGUUCGAAAGAUUGGAGAAGGAACAUUCAUCCAAGAACAAGAAACAUUGUGAACCUGUGGUCUAGUAAAGUUGGUGGAACUCUUCUUCAAUUUGUCAAAAUUUGUUGGUGUUGAAUUUAUAUAUAUAGUAAGUGUAGAUAUGAACUUUUAUAUAUAUUGUGGAGUAUAUUUAUAUAUAUUAUCUAGAAAUUGGGAUUAAGUCAAAUGACAGUGAUUAGAGUACUUUGUGGUUUGAAUAUUUAGUUAUGUGUGUUGUAUCUUGUGUGAUUAAUUUCAGAAUAAGCUUUGUUAUCU